AUGGCUCAACAAACAAAAACAAAAGAAAAGUCCGUUCACGUUGUUUUGAUCGGAUUACCCAAAACUGGGAAAACGGCAUUAGCGAGUCAGUUCUGUAAUAGAGAAGUCCCAACAGAAUAUAUCCCAACAGCUCAAAACACUGCAAUGGAUACAACCCUACAAGUGGGCAAAAACACUUAUCGUUUUAUUUUUGAUGACUGCUCUGGUGACUAUUUAUUGAACUCAAGAACAACAGCGAACUCGAUAUUGUCGAAAGGAAAGAUUCACAUCUUCGUCAUCUCCCCCACUGAAUCGGACUCAGCCGAAUACAUUCAAGGCUUUUUUAAAGAGACUGGAAAGGAGUCGGACCCCAUUUAUAGAUUUGUAUACUCGACACACGCCGAUUGUCCAGAUGAGGACGGCAUCGUCCAAGCAUGCAAAGAGUUCAUUCCUGACGACUGCAAAUUGUUCGAGUACGACGUGUUUAAGCAAAAAGACCAGAUUAUCUCAAACUUCACUGAUUUUGUCAAGAGGGCUGUAGUGGAGCAUCCCGAACUUUUUGAGGGAUGUUCGGCGACUGGGGAAAAGAAAAAGAAGGCCGAGACUAAAGAGGAACCUAAAGAGAAAAAAGGGGAAAAAGAGAAAAAGGGAGAUGGUGAGAAAAAGGGGAAAUGCCAAAUCCUUUAA